GCUGUGCUGCAGGACGUCGUAGAUCAAUGAACCGGACCGGAGGGUUGGUCCAUCGCCUGGUGAGCAUCAAAGUGUAUAGAUGUGUCAGUAUACCUAUGCAGGACCAGGACCGAGGCUUUAUUACUAUUAACCAGGCCGUUCAGUAUGCGGAUGCCCUAAACUGACUGGCUACUCCAUUAGCUCCUUCACCUCGGCUUGGAUUCCGUCUCCUGUGCCUCCUCUUUGCGAUUUUUAUUCGGGGGGGGGGGGAAAUAUCUGUAACCUACAGGAUGAUUUUUGCAAACACAGGCAACCCGCUGAAGACAGCCCCUCGUAAGCAGUCCUACCCCAUGACUCCAUCCAGUCCCAGCAGCAGCAGCAACAGCAGCAGCACAGGCCUGGAGCAGCUCAGCAAAACCAACCUGUACAUCCGCGGCCUGCCUCCUGCUACGACAGACCUGGACCUGGUCAAACUCUGUCACCAGUAUGGAAAGAUUCAGUCAGCAAAGGCAAUUCUGGACAAGACAACCAACAAAUGUAAAGGUUACGGCUUUGUGGACUUUGACAGCCCAGCGGCUGCUUUAAAGGCUGUACAUGCUCUGAAAACCAGCGGCAUACAGGCGCAGAUGGCCAAGCAACAGGAGCAGGACCCAACGAAUCUGUACAUUUCCAACUUGCCACUCUCCGUGGAUGAGAAGGAGCUGGAGAACAUGCUGCAGCCAUUUGGCCAGGUCGUCUCCACACGCAUCCUCCGAGACUACAGUGGCAACAGCCGAGGGGUGGGCUUCGCCAGGAUGGACACAACAGAGCAGUGUAACGCAGUCAUCUCCCACUUUAAUGGAAAAUUUAUCAAGAUGGCUUCUGGAGCUCUGGCUCCCCCUCAGCCCUUGCUGUGUAAGUUUGCGGACAGUCAAAGGAAGAAACAUGUUCACAGUGGAUUUGUUCCCAAUGGACAGACAGGCGAUCUCAGACUAGGUGCAAUGACGCUCACCUACGACCCCUCGUCAGCAGCCGUACAGAAUGGGUACUAUCCUUCUCCGUAUCCAGUGACCAACCGGAUAAUGUCUGUGCAGCCUGCGAUGUCUCCCUACAUGUCUCCGGUCUCUGCUUACCAGGUACAGAGUCAUUCAUGGGUGGCACAUCAACCAUAUCUCAUGCAACACCCGGCUGCUGUGAUGUCUCCCUCUGUGGAUCCCUCCAUGUCACUGCACCCUUCGGCCAUGCUUACUCAGCAGAUGGGUCAGCUCUCACUGGGAAACAGUGGAGCGUAUUUUGCUGCCAACCCCGGUGUCCAGGGAGCCUACAUGCCUCAGUAUCUUCCCAUGCAGGCACCACCUGAGAACGGCACGCCGCAGCAAGUGGAUUCUUCCAACAACUCCUCUCCUUACAGUCAGCUCAGCAAGUAAUCACAGCAGGCUUUCUGUGAGCCACACGGCAACAUGGGAAGUUGCCGAUGACGUCACAGUGAAAACAGUUGCCGCCUUCUCUGACUGGACCAGAAACAUGAACUUUUUUUU